AUGCCUUCUCCAGCAGUCCUCAUUGUUGGUGCUGGUCCAACGGGACUUACUCUUGCGCUCGCGUUGCUCAAGAAUGGUGUCUCUGUACGCAUCAUUGACAAACUCAAGGAACCUCGCGUAGGCCAAAAGGGCACCGGUAUAAUGGCAUGUCGCCCCUUCUUUUUAGUCUUAUCACCCUCGAAGCUAAUCCGGAAACUUCAGCCACGAACGCAAGAAGUACUGAACACUCUCGGUGUCCUCGACGACGUGUACAGAAACUCAAUGUCAGUACACAGCAAGAGACGUCGCAUCUACGAGAUGCCUGGUGCCGUAAAGGUAGCAAAGGAGGUUCCUCUGGCGCCAGAGAUGCCAGCAACGCCAGAUAGGCCAUGGCCUAUGGUCCGCGGCAUGGGUCAGGACCGCUUCGAGGCCCUCCUCUCUCGCCAUCUUGAAGCCCUAGGUUGCAAAGUCGAGCGCGGAACGGAACUGCGCUCUUUCACGCAAGACGCCAACCUUGUUCACGUCGAACUGGCCAAACCCGAUGGCAGCAACGAAUGCACUGGCUUCGAGUUCAUGGUUGGUGCGGAUGGGGGGCACAGCGCUGUGCGCAAGGGCUUGGGGCUGUCCUUCCUCGGGGAGACGCGCGAGGAGCAGGCUAUGGUUGUGGGUGAUAUUGAGGUGAAGAAAGGGUUGAAUGCAUCACAUUGCAGGAUUACUUCCACGUCUUCAAUGCGACUGGAAAGGGAGCCGGGACUCUGCCGGACUCGAAGCCCCUCUGCGAGGGAGGUGGGAUUACCCGGCCUCUUCAUUCUCAUGGCGGGCAACAGCACGGCAUCCGACAAACCUCUUGACACCCGCGAAGGCUUUAUCGAGCACUUCUAUAGGUCGACAGGCCGCACUGAUAUCGAAUUCGGGGAAUUGAAGUGCGCGUCAUGGUGGAGACCGAACAUUCGGAUGGUAGACAAGUUCGGGGAAGGCAGGGUCUUCGUUGCUGGAGAUGCAGCCCACACGCACAGCCCCACCGGUGGCCAGGGCAUGAACUCCAGCGUUCAGGACGGCUUCAACCUCGCCUGGAAGCUCGCCCUCGUCCACAAGAAUCUCGCUCCACCUUCCCUCCUCGACACUUACUCCGCCGAGCGCCUUCCCGUCAUUGCCGCUAUGCUUCAGAAGACGACGGAACUGCUCAACAAGACCUUCCAGUCCUUCGGCAACGGCGCGAAGCAGUAUGUCGGCUAUGCGCAGGACGCGUGGAAUCGCGACAGCGAACUGUACAUGUUCGGGGUUAACUAUCGGGGCAGCUCAAUAGUUCUCGACGAACGGAGUCCGGCGCAGGAUGCCAUACCCAGCGCGUAUGGUUCUGGUGAGGGCGGGCUAAGGGCGGGCGACCGCGCGCCGUCGGCGCCGGUGCGAUGUGCAGCGCUGCUCGAGGUGCAGAAGCUCUUCGACGUCUUCAGCUGCGCGCGGCAUACGAUACUCAUCUUCGCCGACGAGGAGCAGGCGGUGCAGAGUGUCGUCGAGACGACGAAUGCUCUCCCGGCAGGCGUGGCGGAAACAUUUGUGAUUGCUUCUCAAGGAAGCAGCCUGGCAUUGCCCGACGUCAAGGUGCUGGAGGACUUGGGCGGGCAUGCGCACUCGGCGUACGAGGUCUCGCAGAAGCCGAUCAUCGUUAUUGUUCGUCCGGACGGUGCCAUUGGGGCGAUAGUACUCGAAGCCGCUGGUGUUGGUAGAUACUUCGGGAGGAUCCUGGCCUGA